AUGCACUUCGGGUGUCAGUUAGCUGGCAGUCGCAUUGACGCCAGUGGAGAAGACAAGGGAUAUCGGGAUAGCCAUCUACGACUCGCUUUCUGUCCUCCGCCUGCCACAAAAGCUGUUCAAAGGUACCACUUUCAUCUUGUCACAAUCUGCCGUAACUCCGCCCUUAGACGUUCCUGAAAUUUUGACGUCCUCCCUAGCGAUCUUCCCCCGCAGCGAUUUUACCUCCUUCAUUAACCGCAAUCACAGCUACAAAAAAUUCGACGAAUCAUAUGAGUUAGGUGCCUAAUCUGUUGCCGAUUACUGGUGGUUGAAAUGUGUGGCUUGAAUAACAUGCGGAGAGGGGAUAAAACGCGCCAAUAAUUGACAGCCAGGCUUAUUGUGGCAUCUCUGAUGUCACUUUGUUUCUUUUGCUACUAACUGUUUGUUAGUAACCAGACUUUACUCAUUACGCAUACCUUUGUUUCUGUAUCCCUAUUCGUCGGUCCUCGUCGUUCCAUGCUCACCGUUCUUUGUUGCCGUUCGCUUUUAAACCGACCACCACACUUUGGCGUCAUUCACUGACUACUCGUCUAGUCACCUCGAGUUUGCGUCCACUUUUCAAUGUAUUCCUCGUCUUAUUAACUCUAUCCUGCUUUGCUAAUCUUACUGCUAUAGCACCACAAAGAAUAACCGAGUUAUCUAGACUGUCUUCUGACAUAGCUUUGGCCUCGGGGGAGUCUAUUCCGGUGAAGAAACUAGCACUGAAUCGAUAAAAUCUAAAUAAUACUAACGCUCACCACAUAUGGGUUCUGGAUGAACUCUUAAAACGGGCUACACACUAAAUUAGGGCAUGCGUUAACCAGGUGGCGCAGUGUCUUCGAAUCCAAUGACAAAAAACCAUAGGGUGUAGUGGUACACAAGGAAGCAGGCCUCAAGCAGCGCCGAUCCAGACAACUGACCGUCUUGGAACUCGUAAUGUUGUAUUGGGAUGGAAGGGAGUGAGAUUAGCUAUGGAACCCAUUCCGACACCAAUUCAGCGCGUUCCUCAGAAUAAGAAUAUCGACGGCAUUACAUUUAUCAUGACGCGCUAAAAUUCGUGACUUCGAAGGCUGUCGACUGACUGGACGACGCAGAUCCGUCAGGAAGGAGAGUCAGGCAAAACGACUCUCAUUUACUCUUGUCCCGUGUUCCGAUUUAGGAAUAGUGAAGUUUUGCGUUUCCAGAAACCCCGACACAAGCUCAAUCAGAUGAUUAGAUGGGCUUCUGCCAAGUUUCUAACUGUGUCUCCCAGAUACACUUUACAUUCGGCCGAAUGUACUUUUGAGCACAAUGCGAAAUUCAGAAGACUAAUUGAUGAGCUUACGUUGGCCUUCAAAAAAUUCUUGUCACGUCCGUAAAUUUAUAUGUGAACGGCGUCAAGCAAAACAUGAAGGCGAAGGUUCCAGUUCCAGGUGUAUGUAUAAGUGAAGGAGAAGGGAGGUUGAGCACCGGGACAUUCUGUUUAUUGUUCUGAGUCUUCGAACCCGUGCUGGAGUCCGUCAUCAGAUAUAGAAUCAACAACAGAACGAGCCCUGACAGAACCGAGAUGUCUGAACGUUCUACACCCUCUCCUCCCAUGACUACUGUUCACUGACUGUUUUGACUUUUGCUGCUCUUCUCUAACUUAUAUUACUAUACAGGCCUGAGGAUGAAUAAUCGAAAGCGCACGUUCACCGAACGGGACUUCUGCAAUGAUUGCAUGGGUAUCCCCGUAGAACUUCUCACUUUUUUAGGGUUGCGGAAAUUCCCAGUGCAGUAUUUAGACUUGCUGACCGUCACACGUUUGCUUUAAAUAAAUUCUCCUCGGGCUAAUGCCUUUGUAAGGGGAGGGGACCAAGUAGAACAUUUCAACGAUUUAAGCGAUUUUCGUAGCCCGAUAGCGGCCACUGCUGCUGCUGCUGCUACUGCUGCUGCUGCUGCUGCUGCUGCUACUACUGCUGCUGCUGCUGCUGCUGCUGCUGCUGCUGCUGCUGCUGCUGCUGCUGCUGCUGCUGCUGCUGCUGCUGCUGCUGCUGCUGCUGCUGCUGCUGCUGCUGCUGCUGCUGCUGCUGCUGCUGCUGCUGCUGCUGCUGCUGCUGCUGCUGCUGCUGCUAAUAGAGGACGGUACAGUAGCUUAGCGUAG